AUGGCCACAAAUGCAUUUCAACCUGCACAGGGCGGCACAAGUCGUGGUGAAAGUGAUUUAAGUGGGCAGUCAAAACAAUACUCAUCGCGUGAUAUGCCCAGUCAUAAAACAUUAAAAUAUCGUGAAAAAGGGCAAAAUACACAAGAUGAAAUACGACAAAAAGAUUUUCGUCGUGAAUUAGAAGAUCGCGAACGAACCGUAAGAGACAAACAACCACAACAACGUACAUCCGAUUCAAAGCGUCUACAAAGUAGUAGUAGUGAUGAUCGAAAACGUUCAUCAUUACGGUCAAAUAAUGAAUUACAAUCAAUACAGUCAAAUUUAGAUGCUGAUGAUCCGCUAGAUGAAUCAAGUGACGAUGACGAUAAUGGAAUUACUAAUAACAAACAAAGAAAUAGAAAUAAUAAUAAUGAUACACAAGAUGAUGACGAUGAUGACGAAGAUGAAGACGAUACAGAAGAAUUAAUGGCUGAAUUGAAUCGUAUUAAAAAAGAACGGGCAGUAGAAGUAGCUAAACUAGAACAAGAAAGACGUGUGGAAGAAGAAAGAAUACGAACAGAAAAUAUUCUCAAAGGUAAUCCAUUAUUAAAUCCAAAGGCCGCACAACAAUCGCAAGUAUUAUCAACAAUAAAUAGCAGUGAAUUUCGUGUCAAACGACGAUGGGAUGAUGAUGUUGUAUUCAAAAAUUGUGCCAAAGCCGAAAAUCUUAAUAAACGAUCACAAUUUAUUAAUGAUAGUUUAAGAAGUGAAUUUCAUAAGAAAUUUAUGGAAAAAUAUAUCAAAUGA